AGUGCUGACUGUCACAGCCAGUGAGUGUCUUAUCAUGUUGAUUAAAUAAAACACUUAAUCAUCACUAACAGUGAUGUUGCAACAGGGAUUUGGAGUAUGUGGGAUUCAUCGAAUAAUCCAUAUUAACAGAUUACAUAAUGGGGAACAUCUCAUGAUGUUUUUGCUGGAUUCAUUUGGUUUUCUCAUGGAUGUUUACCAUGGAUGUAGAAUUAGAGUACUUUAAAUGUGUAAAUACUGCCUCCGACUAUUACAUUUUCAACUGCGUUUUAAUUUUUCUAUAUAUAUCUGUGUGUAGGUUUUCUCGAGGUACUAUGGUUUGGUCUCAAACACACGACUAGCAAAUUAUCCUGAUAUUUCAGGUGAAAAUAUAUUUACUUGAGAUCAGAGAAUUGCCAGCAGGUGGCAGUCAUUUAACUGAAGGGGUUCCGAGGUAAAUUGGAAGUUCUCCUGCCAACAUCGUCAAAACACUGUAAUAAAAGUGUUUAUACAACUGACGACUUGUCCACAAGGUGUGGAAGUUAGCGGCGUAACUUAAACUACGAGGAGAAUGACAGUAAUAAGUUUUAAAUAUUUUAAUUUCAACAUUUAAUUAGGCAGGACCACAAAAGCAACAUUGUCAAAAUGAUGGUUCGCAGUUAAAAAUUGGGACACAACUUUAAACAUAAAAUGAAACGAUGGAUAACGGAGGAAUGCAACAAUGUUUUAAAUUCAGAUCCUAAAGCAGAAUGUCAGGAUGUUGGCCUCAUUAUAUCUUUAAGAAGAAAUAUGAUUAUAAAUUACUACUCAUCCUACAAAUAUGGGAAACAUUUUAAAUCUCCUAGGCUACAUUGCUCUCUCCUAGCAUGUAUAUCAUGUAAUACUGAUACCAUUUUAUCUGAACUAGAGCAGUGUUGAGUAUCUCAUGAAAAUUGUGCCAUGACACAACCUGGACGUGGAAGGUCCAAAAGACGUGACAACUGUCUUCACAGCUGUGUUUAGGCCAACACACUCAUGUUACACUUGUGUAUGUGGAUGUAAACCUUUCCCCUCUGAUUAACAUCCAACAAAAGGUUACUGUGUUACACGUCUAUCUUUAUGGUUGUCAUUAAUUGUCACCUUUACUCCUCAUCCAGUCUCUAAUAAACAACAUAAAGUUGAUAAAGAUGUAUUUAAAUGUCAAACAUAAGCAAAUCCAGAGAAUCAACUUCAGCUAAAAAGCUAACGAAGCAAACAUAUACUGUGGCUAAAAACAUCGAUCAGCUAACCAAACAAAAAUAAAACUCAAACUCUAAAAUUAGCUCCUAGAUAAUCCAAGAAUAUACAGUACAAUAGCAAGGACUGUUAAUUUAGACAAUGAGGUAAAGAAUUGGUUACUGAAAGUAACUGAAACGUAGCCACAAAUGUAGAAGAUGAAGUUAGAACAAAAUACUGAUGAUUGGAAAACUCAAAUAACCUCAAGUCAGCCAAGGAAUUAUUAACAGAUAAGCAAUAAACGCAGAAUCCCAGAUAAAAAGUAAUCUGAGACGAUAGCUAAAUGUUCAAAUAUGCUAGUCUUAAAAACAAAAAGCUAGAAAUUCCUUUUUUAGCUAUUUCAUUUUUUUCAUUUAAACGAGGAAAACAGUAACACAGUUGAUAUACAGAGAUAUGAUGUUGUUAUGAUGGAAUGUUUCUCAUAGUAGGAAAUCCCCCAAACAACAGAGUCAAACGUUGACCGUGAAACACUGAUUAGAACCAGAUGAGGGAGUGCUUUAAAAACAGAGACUAGUCUUUGUGGCUGUCUGUGUGUCUGUGUCCAGAAACACUGAUGCACUGGACGCAGCCGAGAAAAUACUCUAUUUUGUUAAAACUCAGCCUGUCACAGACACGAUGGAAUGGGAGGUAUGUCUUGUGUGACAGAAUUAGAGAUGACAGUCAAGUGUGGGAUCAGUGGAGAAUGUCCUCUGCGUGUGUGUGUGUCAGCUACUGUGUUUAAAAGCAAGAGGACAGUCUAGAAAAGUGCCAAAUAUGUCGUCAUUGGUUGGUGGUAAACGUCCCCUCAGACCACACAUUUAUCACUGCAAACAUUUAUUCAGUUCAGUUCAGUGCAGUGCUGGUUCUUUGACGUCAGCCAUGUUCAAAUUACGGCCUGCGGGCUAAUUGUGGAACUUGGAGGAGCCACUGUGGCCCAGAACUUAAUGAUUUACAUCAAUCUGACCCAUAUGCAGGGAAGGACUUUUGCUGAGCAUUUUGGCUGUUUAUAUUAAGCUGGCUAAACAUGGCCUAUUUCUGCACUUACUUUAUUGUGACAAAACAUCUCAAAAUGAUCUUUUAGCAAAUCUGCUGUUUUAACUGAUUUUAAAUGUUUCUGUUUAAAAUGUAAUUUGUGAUUUUCUUGGCUCACAUUAAUUCAAACCUGGUUUGUUUUAUAGUGCCUGACUUUUAGCUGUUUCUGGACCAGUUGUAAGGGUAUUUUUUUCGUAUAUUUAUCUACCAAGUUUGUUUUGUAAAAGCUCAGUGUUCCAUGUUGUCAGGGACGAUGUAGUUUUGUGUUCCAGCUGUGGGAAAAGAUGGACCUUGAGUCUUUACUCAUCCUGACGUGACUUCUGUUGACGUUGGCUGUUAUCUAUCUCCGGUGUUAUAAACUUGAACUAUUUUGUUGCACUUAAAAACAACCGUGGGCAGGAUUUCCACACUGGCGAAAAACCUCUUCUAAUAUACAGGCACCUGGGAAACCUAAGAAAAAUAACCAUUUUGCACAACAACAAUAUUUUCUUUAACAUUUACACAAUACAGUACAGUUACAAUCAAACAAGUGAGACUUAAAUAAAUAAUUGAAUAAAAAAAACCCAUCAAAUUAUCUUGGUUCAAAAGUCUGAGGUAAUAAACAUAAACCAGUGAAGCUGGAGGAUCAACUGACAUGAGAGUAUGCCCUCCAGUGAGCAAAAGGUUCAAUUACAACAACAUGAGCAUGAUAAUUAAGCCUUAUUUGUUUGUUUUGGUAUAAAAUCAUAUAGGUUAUAUACGUUUAUCAACACAUUGUUUCUAGUUUACUCACAGACCUUACCCAAGGCUCCAGAUUGUUUUUAAACCCCAGCUUUACAUUUAAGUAGUCAAGAACCACACACAGACAAGGAGAACAUCUGAACAUUUCACCAUAGACUAUUUGAUUUAAAUUAUUUUGUCAAAUUAAAGAAUUCCACAUGAGAGGAAAGGCUUUUCAGAAAACUUCAAAUCAAAUGCUCCCCAGUUCUUCUUCCGAACUUCCAUGGCAUGAUCCCAGACCACAGAAAGAAUGAAAAAUGACAAGAGGGCCAGGAGUCAUAAAAAGUCCAAGAAAACACAAGGAGAGGAGGUGCCAUUUCCUUACCCAAGUAUUCAACAAGAUGGUAGUCUACAUCUUUUUUAAGAAAAGAAAAAGAAAAAAAACAUUACAGUCAAUAUUGUUUUGUGAAUUUUUCUCUUUUUUGUUGUUCUUUCUCUCGGGUAAAGUGAAUUGUUCUUCCAAGUUGUAACCACAUGCCUCAGGCUGCAGCUGUGAAGCCACACUGUAGUUGUUCUCCGUUGGUGCCAGUGGAGAACAGAGGAGACCAGAAGAGGCUCAAAUUUCUGGGUUUGAUAUUUCACUGACUCCCCACUGCUGCCUUUAUGCACAAAGCAAAAAGUGGGAAAUGAAAAGCAUAACAAUGCGAUACUCGUAACCUUCACGAAUUAUUCACGAUAAAGUCAGCAGCAGUAUGUUUUCCCCAUUUAACCUAGUUAUGUCUUAAAAUAUCCCUAAAGUUUGCGAUAUAAAUAUGAGACAAAUAGGUGACUAAGUCUUGAUUCAAGUCAAACAAGAAGCAAAAAGUUGAACAGAAAUAGCUGAUAGUCAAAAAAAUAUAAAACAUUUACACAAGUUAACAUAAAUUGACAAAAACCGAUUAGUGCCAAUUGUAACAUACACAACGGAGUUUGUGUAUAUUCCGUAGCAGAAAACCUCGAACUAAACAUAGCAAGUUUUAAUUGAUAAAUAUUCUUAAUUGUCAGUAAUUAUAUUGAGGAAUAUGUUUCUGCGGGGCCUCAAAAUGGCCGCAUAUGGGGAAAAGACAGGCUGUAAAACAAUACUUACUGUGCCCUAAAAAAACAACCACAAAUACUUUAAAUUGAGGAUAGAAUCGUUGAAAAGUCUGUAAUAUGUUUUAAUGUUCACACCAGCCAAUACAAUUCAAAUAUUAAAUAUUUCAGAUAAAUCAGAACAGCGGGAUUAUAUCGAUGCAAUUUCAUGAUCUGCUUAGUGGUAGCCGAAAAAUACGAAUAGUUCGUGAACGCCUCAUUUGAGUGACAGCGAUUCAGUCUAAUCCGGAGAAGGAGGUGAGGAUGCAGAGGAACCGUGUGAUGUGUUGGAGCUACGUCGGCUUUAACUUCAUCCACUUCGGCAGUGAUUGACUUAAACCCUGCUAAAACCUCUUACUUCAGCAGCUUGCAGUCAUCGAGCCUCUGCCUCAAACCGUCACCUUAACAGCUUCACAUUCGCCGCUUUCCGAAGACGUUACGUGAGGACAAUGGAAUCUAACCUUCUCCCGGACAGUAUCCGCCCUCAGCGACUGCAGCCAGGUAUCAGCUUCGGUUCUGGAACUACUGGAACCCUGCGCUCCUCUUCCCUGCGGCCCGGGGUGACAGUGCCUAUCGCUCCGUUGCUGUCCUCCCCGGCUUCUUUAUCCCUGUCGUCCGGGCCUCCUCCUCCGCCUCCGCCGCUGCAGCUCCACAGCCUGUACGGCGGUGUAAUGGCUGGACUUGGAGCCGGGCUAGGACCGGGGGCCGCCGGCCACUGCAACCCGGGAAACCCGGCGGUGUUGAAGGAGGCAGUGGAGGCUGUGGUCCGGAGUUUCGCCAAACAUACACAAGGCUACGGCAGAGUAAACGUGGUGGAAGCGUUGCAGGAGUUUUGGCAGAUGAAGCUGAGCAGAGGGGCCGAUCUGCGUAAUGGAGCUCUGGUUGUUUAUGAAAUGGUGCCGUCCAACAGCCCGCCAUAUGUUUGCUACGUGAGUCUUCCAGGAGGCAGCUGCUUCGGAAGUUUCCAGUUCUGUCCCACAAAGGCAGAGGCGAGACGCAGCGCUGCCAAGAUCGCCCUCAUGAACUCUGUCUUCAAUGAACAUCCCUCCCGCCGCAUCACAGACGACUUCAUUGAGAAGAGCGUGAACGAGGCCCUGGCCUCCUUUAAUGGAAACAGGGAGGAGGCCGACAAUCCCAACACAGGAAUCGGAGCAUUUCGCUUUAUGCUGGAGUCCAACAAGGGAAAAUCGAUGCUGGAGUUUCAGGAGCUGAUGACUGUGUUUCAGCUCCUGCACUGGAACGGAAGCCUCAAAGCCAUGAGAGAGCGACAGUGUUCCCGACAGGAGGUGCUGGCUCACUACUCCCACCGGGCUCUGGACGACGACAUGCGCACUCAGAUGGCGGCCGACUGGGUGAACAGAGAACAGAGCAUAGCCAGCACGAUCGCCCAGGAGCUGGCCUCCACCGAGCGAGAACUGGAGGAUGCCAGGCUGGCGGGCAGAGAACUGCGUUUUUACAAAGAGAAGAAAGACAUCCUGAUGCUGGCUGUGGGUCAGCUGAACGCAGCCAACACUGCCACGCUGCCCUCACACUAAACCAUGGUUUGCAGGAUUCCUGGUAACAGUGUUGAACUCUUCAGAGAUACGUAUGAGGCUUCUGGUUUUUCUUCUAUUUUCUUUUGUGUUAUUAUGUUUACAUAAUCAGCUCCUGGUUUCACGGUAUGUACAUGCAUCCAUAUUAGAAACUCUUUUAACGCUGUAUCAUUUACCUCUGUGCCUAGUGAUUACAGGAAAAAAAAUUGCUUUUUUUAAAAGAAAACCUUUGAUAUAAAAUAGCUGUAAACUUGCCUGUAAAGUUCAUCACUAUCCUGAAACUUGGCAUUUAAAAUAAUCGUUUAUGACAUGAGUUCAAGAAAUCAGCAGAAUUUUGUCACAUGGUAGGGCCGUCACUUUUCAUCUAGAGUUAAAAUACCAGCUGAACUGUGGGUUUAAAGGUCAAAUUUGAAAGUUAAAAGGCUGUUUGAUUUAGCCUCGCAGUGAAUUUCCUCUUAAUGUGACAAAAAAAAAAAAAUAGCAUGGUGCCAAAAAUGGUUUGUCACAUGCUGCUGCUCUAUACCAGGUGCACUUCUCUGCACUUCUUCAUAGACGACUAACAUGGAACCCCUCAAAGGCUAAUGCUGAGAAUACUCACAUUUACUGAUGUUGUCAGGUUAACAUGGGAGAUGAUAAAAGACAACUUGUGAUAUCUUCACAUUACAGAGAGUUUUUGCUCUUCUCAUCCGUGAGUUUGUAUUAGAAUACAGUGCCAUUACUCUCAGGUCUCCAACAGCAGGUUGAUUCAGUUUCUGCAUGUUACGGCUUUUGAAAACUAUUUAAGCAUCUUUGUAUUAAUGCUGGCCAUGAAACGUGCUGAAUGUAUAAUGUCUCAUCUAAAGGACCUGUAUGAGAGGCUGGAAGUCCUCUGAUCAGUCUGUGUUGGUCAUGUGCAUCAUGUGGCUGGGUGAGAAUCUCACCGUAAAACCGCUAAAUUGCCAAAAAGCCACAAAUGAGCUGAGGAAUCUGAGAUUAAUUUCAAGUUUGGCUUUUCAAACCCAGAUGAUUCAUGAUAUCAGUGAGUCAUGUAUGAGUCACUGUUGUGAAAACAAAGCAGCGUUUGUGUUUUGUUUUUUUAGAUCCAUGAAAGUAGUGCUUUGUGUCUCAGCAGUGCUGGCGUUCAUCUUGCACUCACCACCUUCCCAGUGUUUCUGGGUCAAAGGACCUGAUUUCUAACUAAAUGCAAUAUCCUUUAAUUUUCCAGUCUUUUAAGUGUUAAAACAUUUUUUUUAUGACACUGUUAAAAUGAAAGUGUUCCGCAAAGUAGCCUCUACCAGACACUCAAAGAUUUGUUGAGAGGAACAUGGGCAGGGAGUUAAACAGCAGGAGGGCUUGUGCUGCUGGUUGACUUUGGAGAGCCCAUACUGAUUAAAGUAAAUUUACGGAGACUACUAAUAAAAAUCAAAAAGAGGCAGGAAUGUGGAAGGAUUGAAGCCAGAGCAGUUUUAAUUUUCUGGUUCUGCAUUUCCUCUGUGCAGUCGUUGUGCCUUUAUAAAACUAGAAGCAGGCUGUGGUUUGACUCAUUAGACCAGAUCCAGAUGUUGUCUUAAAGAGAUGCUAAUCUGCUCUAGAGCUUUUUUUCUGCCAUGUAAUGUGUGGAUUUUUAUGUAGAUAUUAUGUGGAUAACAUGCAAUAUACCUUUUAAUAUGAAGGACUUGUUACAUUUUAUUACCUUUGGAAUACAUUUGUAGCCAUCACAUAUUGUCUUGUUGGUACUCGGCUUCAGUAGAACAUGUUUAACAGAAAAAAGUCUUAGUCCGUCUCUGAUUUAUCUCUCACUCCGGCACUAUUGUUUGUUGUUUUUUUUACUUUCUCACUGUCUGAAAUACAGCCCUAAACCAUGAAAGAGUCCCUCCUCCCUCAAUGUUUUAUCAAAAAGCACAAACAGUCAUUGUUGUGUUUCUUUCCUGUAGUACUGACACAUUCAAACUGAUUUUAUUUUUAUUCAACCUCAAUCUUCAGUCCAAUCUUUGUGUUUUUUAUUUUUUGUUGCUUCAAUUUAAAAAAAAAUGGCUGCAACUUUUCUUCUUAGACCAGUUCUGAUUUUCACAUUUUCAGUAGCUUUAGUACCUCAUUUUAUACCUUUAAAGUAAUGCAUGUUUAGAAGUGUUUGCAAUGUAACGCAUUUCCAAAGACGUAUCUGUGUAUUAUUACCAUUACUAUUUGUACCUCUGUUUCAGUGGCAGAAGGUAAAGGAUGGGAUAAAACA